GUUGAUCAGGGUAGACCGAUGAAGGUGUCAUUUGCAGAGCGAUGGUGCGAUAGGAUGUCAUUGCAUGCAUGGAUGCCAUAGAGGGUGAGGGUACCAUGCAGCUGGAAAACGAAAAGGCGAGGGCGAUAUCAUCCAUCAGACAUGCAUCAGACAUGCAGACACGCACACGUGGGUACAAAGAUGAGUGGGUAUGAUCUCAGACAAAGGAUGGUCGGUUCAGAAGGAAGCCGUCAUCAUUCUGCAGAGAGAAACGACACCAUUGGUGUCCAUGGACGGCCGGGGAGAUCGCAGAGCAUGAUUGCAGCUGGACCCGACCCACCUGAUUCGUUUGAUUUCGUAUUCGUCGGUGGUCGUCUGGCCGGGGCGCAGCUUGUUGCCGUACACGUGGUACUGCACGAUAUGAUCACACACACAGGCUGAUGAUCUGUGUGGUGUGUGGAUGGGUGGGUGAAUGCCACACGUACCACAAGGGCUGCGAGGGAGAAGAAUAUGCAGCCGAAGGCAGACCACCAAAGCACAAUGCGAUAGCCCCACCUGCGGGCCAGCCAUGCGCCACACGUGUCCUUCGGUCUGAGACUCGCGUGUUGUGCUUACGUGAGUGGCGACUCGAAUGGGAAGUGAUGGCGGACAUAGUCCAUGACAAAGCCUGAAGGGAGAGAGAGAGCAACCGCACACACACACAUGGGCAAGCGGCCUCCAUUGUCUGCGUUAUUCAUGAACGCACCAGGUAUGAUGGGUGCGCAGAAGUAUCCGAGUGUGUUGUAGAUGAUCUGAGUCAAAGCACUGCUGAAGGAGCGCAUGUAGUCUACACACGCAAUACAGCACAGCACACCACAGAGGGACAAAGACCCUCUCUUUCUGUGCUCGGUGUGUCUCGUCUAUGUGUGUGUCCCGUGUGUCACUCACCUGGCACACAUGACACGAGAAUGCCGAAAGUGAUGGGCGUCAAAGCACCGCCUAAACACCCCCAGACACACACACCCCCACACAUCGGACGGAUGGUUGCCUCGUGUGUGUCUGUCUCCGCCUUGUGUUGUGUACCUACCGCAGAAAAGGCAGAUCCAGAGGCACGCGAUGAAUCCCCCGAGGUUCCAAGCGAAGGUGGCGAGGACGCCACACCCAGUGGCCACCACCGACCACACUAUGCCUAGGUAGAAGGCGUUGUUGACUUGCUCACCCUUGUACCCUCCAAGCUUGUCACUUAUCCAGCCACCCGCAGGCACGCUGAUCACCAGAGAAGAAGUGUCUAUGCUUUGGAGGGCGGUGGGGAGGGGGGGACUGAUGUCGUCACACGUACCCGCAGAGAGGUGCGGUGACCGCGGUGAAGGUGUAGAGUGCGAUGACGUGAGCUCUGUCGCACUGCAGCACGUUGACGAGGUAGUCGGUCGUCCAAAACUGAAUGCCCGUCACCACAAAGUACAAAGACGCCAUGCCUGACACACACACAUCCACCAUUUGGUGCCUGUGUCAUGCCUGUGUAGGUCUUCCGGUCGGUUGGUUUACUGAGUGAGAGGCAAAGGUAGAGUGGGUUCGAGAUCAGAGAGAGUGUCCACUCGCCCAACUUGCUGCACACACCACAAACACCACAAACAUCAGAUCAACCGUGGGGACAUGCAGAGAGUCGUGCUGUGUGUAGAUUUGUCGGUCCACUUACGCGCAGAAGCCGAAGAAUGUCUCCGUCUCCUCAGCCCUCUCCUGAGCCGUGAUGCUGUCAAGGCGAAUCCUACACACACAAACAGGCACACACACACAUACACACCCUUGUCUCUCCCUCUCCCUCCCCCACCCUCCCCACUCGACCGACCCACCUCGAGAAUUUGGGUCGAGUGGGCUCCUCAAUGAGCAGUCGGUCCUUGCCGGCGUCACACUCGUCAAGGUCGACGACAUUCCCCAUCUCGAUGUCGACCUCAUGGUCGUCCGACUCGUCUGCUCGCGGGGCCCUCUGCGGGAUGCGCCUGUGCCUCUCCGAGUGGUAGAGGGUGUAGUCGAUGACGUUGUUGUCCAUGAGAGCAAUGCCGAUGACGGCGGGGACGAUCAUGACGGCCUGGAAGUAGAAAGCGGUGUGCCAGGUGAUGUACUGGCCGAUGGUGGGAAGGCGCUGCAGCUCCGUGAUGGAGCCAGCGAUCGAGUAGCCCACGAUGGAGCCAAGCACGGAGGCCGCCUGGGUCCAGCUCAUCCACCUAGACACAUGCAUGGUGUGGGUGAGAAAUCCGUGCAUUGCAUCAGUGGGGUGGAUCUUUGUUUGCCUACGAUGACGAAGAUGCUUUGGGGGCGAACUCAUCGACCCACACCGGGGUGUACACCAGAGGCAAUGCCUGACGACCGACCAAGAGAGGAAGGUGCGUGUCGUUCGUCUCUCUCGCCUGCCAUAUGGUUGUGUGCCCCUGCCACCCCGCCCACGCACCUGUCCGAUCCCAGCAACCAGGCGCGACGCGAGCAUCCAUUUGAAGUCUCCAGUGAAGUGACUGAAGAGACGAAUAAACAGUGAGGGGCCCAUUCCAUUGAUGGUGUCUGUCUGUGGGGUGGGUGGGUGGUUGGGGCACUGCACUCACGCGAAAGAGAAAGCGGAGAGAGACAUGGUGGCGAGGGCGGCAAUGAGGAUGUACUUGGCGGGGAAGCGGCCGUAGAUGACACCGGCGAGUGGGCUGCCGAUGAGCAGGCCGGUGUACACGAGCGACCCGAGCAGCGACUGCUGCACGUAGCCGAGAGGGAACUCCAGGUUGAUGAAGUGGAGACAAGCAGGGAUAGCACCUGCACAAACACACAGACAGACAGACAUACAUACAAAAGUGUGGCACGGCGUCCGCGGGAUGGCUGGCUGGCUGUCUGACCGUGGUCGAAGUUGAGCAUCACCACGAUGUACACCAGCAUGACGAGCAUCACACGACGGGAGCACAGCCCCUCUGUCCAGACAGGCAUGCUCAGCCUUUCCUUACUUUAUCUUGUCCCUUGUUCCUCACUCACCGUCUCCGCCGGCACGAGGCGGUGCGAAUCGGAACUCCUUGGGCGACCUGGGGUGCGGGGGCAGACGCGUGACCACAGGCUGCACCGCCGAGGGCUCGAUUAUGCCCUCCAUCGACAUCUGCCGCGGAGCCUCAACCUGGGGCUGACCCUGGGGCUGACGCACCACCCUGCAGGACAGUCAGUCGAUCAAGGACACCCACAGAGAUGUGAGGCAGAAGGGUGUCUCUCUACGUGACUUGGCCUGCCUUACGUCGGCAGAGACGGGGCGCUCUUCUGCUGAGGAUCUUUCGGCUCUUCGCCCUCCCCCUUCGAUCGUCCAAACAGGUUCAGGUUGGGCAGUCCAGGCACACGCCACUGGGACAGCGCUGCAAUUGAGAGAGGGGCGGGGCGCACACACCGCACACACAGGCAUUAAUGGCAGGGCAAGGCGCCCUCGAGUCAACGUCACGUACGCCUGAGGGUGUUGGUGUUAUUUCCCGUUUUGGGCAGCAGUGCCGCUUCCGCCCCUGCUGCCGCACCCCCGUGGCCGUCAAUCUCGGCGGUUUGCGUGACUGCACGCACAAACAAGACGGCAGCGCGUCACACAGGUGCGCCGGCUUCCCUCCCCCUCUCUCCUUUGCAAAACGGCCUGCCGCUUUGUGACGGGCCAUGCCUGCCUGACCAUCGCUGGCCUGCUGUGCUCGUGUGUGCUUACGGCUUCGUGCAGCCUCCACAUCCACGUCGGCUUGCGCGUAGUGGGUGUGCUCCGCCAUGUGCGUUGGGUAAUUUUUUGGCGGCCGUCGACGUUAUCACGAGUUAGUUGAGUCAACCCUGCAGGCUUCUUGCGUUGCUUUAUCAAACGAUUUGUUCGCAAGGAGAAACUCG